AUAAUGUCGAAUGUAUUUUUUAAAAGGGCCCAAAAGGGGGAUAACUCUGGGGCAGCGUUAAAUUGUUUUCUUCUAAUUCUCAUCAAGAACAUACCUCAAUUUUCAGAAAAAAAAAAUAUAUCUAUAUAUGUAUUUGAUGUGUUUUGACAUAAGCUGGAUAAAUAUUAAACAAACAGGAACAAUUAAGAAAUUCGCCCAUAUAAAGACACGCUAUGGUUGGGUCUGCAUUCAUUUAAAACCGCGCUCUAAUAGAAAACAUUCUUUAAAGAGUCUUCUUGUCUGGCACAAAAAGCAAAAUGACAUUGAAUUUCUUAAAAAUCUUCAUUACCUUAAGCUUUGGCUGCGUUAUACAUGGCGCACGAACUCCCAAAAUAUCAACCAAUACAAUGGAAGGAUAUGGUCAUGGUUUGGAUACAUCACCCUUUGUUGAGGUGGGCAACAAACUCUACCACUUUGGACAAAACAAAGCGUCAUGGUUUAGGGCAAGUUUGAUAUGUCGUUCUUUGGGUGGCAAUUUGGCAUCUAUUGAUAAUAGCAACGAAUUACGGCUCAUAUCGGAACACUUAAGAACCACUUGCCGCACCGAUAGGUCGUAUUGGAUCUCAGGCUCCAACCUGCAAGGCGGAGGCGGCUUCUUUUGCUAUAACACCGGCGAACGCAUGACCUUUGCUGACUGGGCACCCGGAAAACCAAAGAAUGCUACUGGAAAAGAUCAUUGUGUGAAUUUAAUGUUCACAAAUAACAAAUUUCAAAUGAACGACGAGGAUUGCAAUCAAUCUGAUUACUACAUAUGUGAGGCUGAACAGCCCACUAAUGUGAUGGUAUCCGUUUUUUAAAAUGUCCAUUGCAUUUGAAAAGAAGGAAAGUUAGUUGAUUUAAAUGAAAGUACUUUGUUUUUGUCUUUAAAAUUUUUUUAUUACAUUUUUAAUAAAUAGCAGCAAAAAACAAACAAAAUAUUUAGAUUUAUUUGAACAUCGUGGUGCAUAGGAAGCACUACUGCUGUUGAACUAUUUGUGUCCAUUUCAGUCCUGUUCAACUUUUUUACUUAAACUUGGCAAA